CGCUNCUCCACCGUGCUAACCCUCAUGGUGCCCUGGCACAGCCUGGACCCCGACUCAGCGCUCGCCGACGCCUUCUACAGGCGGGGUUACAGCUGGGCUGGCUUCAUCGUGGCAGUUGGCUCUAUCUGCGCCAUGAACACCGUCCUGCUCAGCAACCUCUUCUCUCUGCCACGUAUUGUCUAUGCCAUGGCUGCCGACGGGCUCUUCUUCCAGGUGUUUGCCCGUGUUCACCCCCGAACACAGGUGCCUAUGGUGGGCAUCCUGGUGUUUGGGGUCCUCAUGGCUCUCCUGUCGCUGCUGCUGGACCUCGAGGCACUGGUCCAGUUCCUGUCUAUCGGCACAUUGCUGGCCUACACCUUUGUGGCUGCCAGCAUCAUUGUGCUGCGCUUCCAGAAGGCUUCUCCACCCAGCUCCCCAGGCCCGGCCAGCCCUGGCCCCAUAGACAAGGGACACAGCUCCUUCUCAGACCACCUACAGCUGGUGGGUGCUGCGCAGGCCUCAGUCCCCGAGCCUGGGCAGCUGCGAGCAGCACUGAUGCCCUACCUGGGCUUCCUGGGUAGGUGCAGCCCUGGGGCUGCCGUGGCGUGGGCGCUCGGCAUCCUGGUGGCCUCGGCUAUCAUCCUGGGCUGUGUGCUGGUCUUCGGGGACUCAGCCCUGCACCUUCCCCGAUGGGGCUACAUCCUGCUGCUCCUGCUCAGCGGUGUCGUGUUUCUGCUCAGCCUCCUGAUCCUGGGGGCUCACCAGCAGCAGCACCGGCAAGACACUUUCCAGAUCCCCAUGGUGCCCUUGACUCCAGCCCUGAGCAUCCUCCUCAACAUCUGCCUCAUGCUGAAGCUGAGCUACCUGACCUGGCUGCGCUUCUCCAUCUGGCUGCUGAUCGCCCCUGUCCCUCCCAUCAUGACGGUGGGCCCCGGGCAUGGGAACUUCUCCAUCAGGUAG